ACUGCAAUAAAAAUUUUUUAUUACAAAUAUGAGUUUAUUGUGAUACAACACAACCAUAAAAAAUGUUUUAAAAAUAAGGAAGUUACCACACUGCGAGUUACUAGAGCUCCAUUUCCUAUACUGUACCACUGACAGCCAUUUUGUAAAAUUUACUUCCCGUCGUGGGCGUGGUCACGCGUGACAUACAUUAGGGAACUGAAUGAAAUGUCAGACAGUUGUGCUUCCAAUGAUUUUUCUGAUGAAGGGAGUUCUGCAAGUGAAGAAGAAAGGACAGAUGGUUCAGCUAAUGGAAUUGAACCUUUUAUGUAUGAGCCAGAGGCUACAGAAAGUUCAUCUGGUACAGAUGACUCUGAUGAUGACUCUGACCCUGAAGGCAGACUGGGCAACACAAAUUGGUGUCAAUGUGGCCAUUGCAUCCCCAUGCCAACUGUUAGAGAGUGUUGUUGUUGCUUGGACAUAUCACAAGUUGUCACUAAAAUGAAUGAGCCAACAGUCACUGUAAAUUGCAUAACAACGCAUCCAGGAUUCCACAAUGUUUGUCUUGACAUGUGGGUUCUCCAAGCAGCUUACUAUGUGUACAGACAACAAUAUUCUGCUCAUACUCAUCAAGGACAUAUUCAUGAGUAAGUUAUACAUAAAAUGAACUUUACACACUGUCGCAUGCAAUUUUCUUUUUUUAUUAUAGUUAAC